GGUUCUGUGGUUCCAUGUCGGCCAGUGUGAAGUAAUUGUUUUUGUUUGAUGUUCAAAAUGUCUGCAAUCAUUAUAAACUAAAUAUUAGGUCUUCAAGGAAGAUUGUAUUGGAAUAUUCACCAUCGUGCAGAUUCUGUUUAAGCCACAGAUUUCAAAUAUACAUUGCAAAAGUGACAGUUUAAAGGAGGAAGAUUUGAGAGCAUUUCCUGGAAAAGUGACAGGAUAUUAGAAUUCCGACGGCUCUGUCCAGUUUUCUCCCGUGCGAAUUGUAAACACGUCGUAGCGAUGAAUUUAUCACUUGUUGAGCUGAAUUGUGAAUUGUGACUUGCAUCAAAAUGUCAUCGGCAUCAACAAGCUGAUUACUGGCUGCUUCUAUCUAUAUCACUAAAAAAGGGAAUAUUAAAAUGACGCCACCGGUUGAAGAGGCACGUAGGAGAUCAGCAUCUGACUACCGAUUUGGUAAAGUGUUGGGAGAAGGUAGUUUCAGUACUGUUUAUCUUGCGAAAGAUAUCCACACAAACAAAGAAUAUGCAAUAAAAGUUUUGGAGAAAGCACACAUAAUUAGAGAGAAAAAAAGUGAAUAUGUAAUGCGAGAGAAAGAAGUUUUAAGAAUACUUGGAAGUUCCUGUCCAUACUUUGUCCGUUUGUAUUGGACAUUCCAGGACUCGGAACACCUUUACUUUGUACUUACAUAUGCUAAGAAUGGCGAAUUGCUAAAGCAGAUCGACAAAUGUGGCUGUUUCACUAUAGAGUGUGCCAGAUAUUACGCUGCUGAAAUGGUAUUAGCUCUGGAAUAUCUUCAUGGGAAAGGAAUUGUACACAGAGAUUUGAAACCAGAAAAUGUUUUGUUUGAUGAAAACUGGCAUAUCUUGAUAACUGACUUUGGAAGUGCCAAGAUAUUGAAAACGGAUAAUACAGAGAACCAGAAAUGUGAUAAUGAUGCAUUAGAUAAAGGGGACAAAAGAAGACGAACUAGUUUUGUAGGUACUGCACAGUUUGUAAGCCCCGAGAUGCUGAGCGAAUCCUCGUCAUCUCCCGCGUCUGACCUUUGGGCGCUGGGGUGCAUCAUAUACCAGAUGGUUUCGGGAGUGAUGCCUUUUAGGGGACGAAGUGAGUUUCUGAUAUUCCAGAAGAUACUUAACUUGGAGUAUGAAUAUCCUGAUGGAUUUGACCCGCAAGCUAAGGAUUUGGUACAGAAGCUGCUUGUCAAAAAUCCUAUUGAGAGGUUAGGUGCUACUGAUGAGGCGCCUUAUACAAGUAUACGACAACAUGAGCUAUUCAGAGACUUGAACUGCGACGACUUAGGACCACCGCCGAGGAUCUCUGACAUUUGUGAUAGUAUAAAAGACAUUGUGAUACCUGAUGAUGUAGAACCUGGUUUAGAUAAAGAAAAAGCAUCACGAUUGCAAUUAGAUUUGGAGCCUACGCCUACUAGGAAAAAAUCUCAAGUAGUCAAGAAAAUAACUGAUCUUACGGCGGCCGAAAUCGAACAAAAACUUGAGGCUCAGAAGAGCAAUCCUUAUAAUAGUUUUGUUGAAGGCAACUUGAUACUGAAGCAAGGGUUGAUAGACAAAAAGAAAGGGCUGUUUGCUAGAAGAAGAAUGUUUUUGCUCACUUUCGGUCCUCAUUUAUACUAUGUGGAUCCUGUGGCCAUGGUACUAAAGGGCGAAAUUCCUUGGAGUGAAGAUUUGAGAAGUGAGGCGAAGAAUUUCAAGACAUUCUUUAUCCACACAGUAAGUAAAAUAAUAUUUCUUGUAAUAAGUUUCGAUCUUAAUUCCACUACUCUAUGAAUAAGUAAUUUUAGUAGAGGUCCCAGUUGAAAGACUUUUUGACGUACUAUAAUUGUUGCCGCAUUGAGCUACUCACGUAGCCAUGAAGGUGUCUAGGGGUUCAAUCAUACUUAACAAGAUACGUUGUGCUUAAAAAAAGUACGUCUUCAUGAUAACAACAGCUAUUUUUUGGUUGAAAUGUGUCAGAAUUGCUCUGAAAAAUAUACCGUUUAAGUCGAAUUGAAAUAUUUGUGGUACAAUCUUUUGCCGUGUUGUCAAACUUUGGGCAAAAAAUGGUUUCAAGUAGGUUAACUCUGAACUUCCUACGUAAUUCUGGGCGAAAAGAUUUUGUAUGUACAUCGUGUAUCAAAGAAUUUUACAAAAUUGUCAGGAGUCUCUUGAAUGUCAAAAAACGAGCGAUUUUUAAAUAUUUGUUUUUUUUGCGUAUAGCCCCGCCGCCAUUGUGAAAAUUUCAUCUAAAUUUUUACUUUUCAAGUUAUAGACCCACAUAUUACCAGACAGGCAGACCAAAGGAAAUGAAGGACGUGGUUUUUUAUAUACAUAUAUAGGGUGAUUUACAAGUGGCGACCAAAAAUGAAACAUCAUACACAGGACCGCAUUUUAAGGGGGUGUCUUCU